CUGGCCGUUGGCCUGAGCGUGACACGCUCCUGGCCGUCAUUGGCCGAGGGCUAUGGUUGUUAUAGUUACACUGGGAAGAAAGGGGAGAUUCCCGGAAGCGAAGGGCGGGAGGCACGGUGCGCUCGGAGGGUUGCGUCGCGGCGUGGCAGCUUCUAGCUGUGGCUACCCCAAUGGCUUCCUGGGGUCCCGCCGUCGCGCUCUUGCCGGUCCUGCUGCUAGUUCCGGCGCCUGGGCAGGCGGGAGCGAUUGCCGAGGACAGCGAUUGGGUCAAACUGCCCAGCAAAUGCGAAGUGUGCAAGUAUGUGGCUUUGGAACUGAAAUCUUCCUUUGAUGAAACUGGCAAGACCAAGGAGGUGAUUGACACAAAGUACGGCUUUUUGGAUGGCAAGGGAUCCAAACUCAAGUAUACAAAAUCGGACAUUCGUCUUAUUGAAGUGACAGAAAACAUCUGCAAGAGGCUUUUGGAAUACAACCUGCACAAAGAGAGAUCAGGAAGCAACAGAUUUGCAAAGGGUAUGUCUGAGACAUUUGAAACUCUUCAUAACUUGGUGCACAAAGGCGUGAAAGUGGUGAUGGACAUCCCUUAUGAGCUGUGGAAUGAAACCUCUGCAGAAGUGUCUGAUCUAAAGAAACAGUGUGAGAUAAUGGUGGAAGAAUUUGAAGAUGUGAUUGAAGACUGGUACAGGAACCACCAGGAAGAAGACAUUUCCCAGUUUCUCUGUGCAAAUCACGUCUUGAAAGGAAAAGACACCAGCUGCCUGGCAGAGAAGUGGAGUGGCAAGAAAGGGGACCUGGCAAGUUCAGGGCAGAAGAAGUCUAAGAAAAAGGAUGGCAAAGGCAAGAAGGCUUCAAAAAGUAAAAAGAACCGCCCAGACGAAUCAGGGCCAGACAGGGAGGAGGGCAUGAGGCCAAGUGCCCAAGAAGCCCCUGACCGAGCGGAGGAGGAGGAGGAGAAGGAAGAGGACAUUCAGAAGGAGACUCCACUUCUGCACAAGACCGACGAACUUUAGGCUCUGGAGAGACGCACACUGCCCACGCCUUGGCUCGUGUGGGCUUGCAAGCUUGUAUUCAGGCCACCGAGAAUUGCUCUAGCCCGUCGGAGUUGCAAGGUGGAGAUGUCUUCACUUCCUUGAGGGGAACGUACCAGCCUGUUCCCGAUGGGCAACGCUUGUGGCCACCUGAACUUUAGCUACCCAGUGUUAUUGCACCUCGCCACAGGUGCAGGUUGGGCAGAACCUAGUGAGCCCCUUGCAUCCUUAGGGGAGCACGUCAGGCAGGAGGAGGAUGUGAGAGACUGGCUGCCUAAGUCAGUGUGGCUUGCCUUGAAAAGCCAAGCCUGCCGUUCACGUUGAUUUUCCCACUCUACUAUGCACCCCUUUGCAGCUUUGAUCUGCCAAACGCAACCAGGGGAGAGGGUGGAAGUAAGGGGGAAGUGUAAGAGAACAAGGUGUGAUUGCAUGGUGGCUCACCUAUCCAGCCCAUGGUACUGAAGCUAAGAUACCUCUCUAAUCAGCCUAGCAGGCUCUUCACUUGGUACAUUCCCAAAGUCAAUUUUUUGGAACGGGGGUUCGGUUCCACCCUUCUUUGUAUCAUGCAGAUCAUUGAGUUUGCUUGGAGGGGAGUGAGGAUGGAGGUGUUAGAAGUAUAAUUAAGAGCUGUAUGCUUUUGUUGUGAUAUCAUUUUGUUUGUUAAUUAAUCCUCACCGUAACACAUAAUUCCUGUGGCAGCUCCAGUCAGGAGAGAAUUUGCAGGUGUUGAUGAUGUAUUUCUCCUCCCCUCAACCUCCCCCCUCCCACAUUUGCCUUCUGUUGCUGCAGUAAACAUGCUUCCUGUUUCCUGAAGUCCUGCAAAGAGUAAAAUAAAGAUUUUUUUUUAGUAGCUUAUGUUUCA